CGCAUGGGCAAGAGUUGGGCUCGAAUGCCUCCUUCAAGGGUUGUCGGGAAAUACAGUUUAAAAGCGUUCGGGACCAAGUAUGACAGUGAAUGCUGCAGCUAGUAGAGACCACAGGCUAUAAAAUAAAAGGUGUACGGAAUCAACGCAGUCUGGAAGAAGGUGUUUAUAUAAUGUCGGCUGUCACUGACACGUUUGAACAUGUGAAAGCAGUUAUUCAGUCAGUUCAUAAAAACGCCACAUCAAGAGACAAGAUCAACUUCUACAACUCCUGGGCAGAGCACUAUGAACAGGAUGUGGCCGUUUUGGACUACCGUGCUCCAAGUCUGGCAGCACACUGCAUCUCUUCCCAUUUCAGUGGAGAGCGUGAAGCUGCCGCCGUGUUGGAUGUGGCCUGUGGUACAGGACUGGUGGCCAAACAGUUGAAGAAACUUGGAUUUGGAAACUUUGUGGGGAUAGAUGGAAGCAAAGGUAUGCUGGAGUUAGCCAGGCAGAGCGGGUUGUACCAGGAUUUGAAGCAGGUCAUGCUGGGAGAGGAGCCACUGCCUAUCCAGUGGGCAGAUUUGUUUGAUGUGGUCGUGAUCGUCGGAGCGCUGAGUGACAGUCAUGCCCCUGUUGCUGUGGUCAGAGAUCUGUGCAAGUCCGCCAAACCAGGUGGCUACAUUUGCAUGACAACCAGAAGUAACCAGGACAAUCAGGAGUACAAAGGCCGCCUUGACGCCGAGCUCAAGCAGAUGGAGAAAGAGGGUCUCUGGACUUGUGUAGAGGUCACAGAGGUGGAAGAUUGGGAGAGAGCUGUGACAGAGCACGAGGAUGGCUACAUAUCUGGUGCUGUGUAUCUCUACAAGAAACUAUAAUUGUAAAAGUGUAUGGUGAUUUCAAAACACACCAGCAACAUUUUUACAGAUGAUACAAAUACUGAACAAAAUUGUUAUAAAUUUGGAAAAAGAAGGCUUGUUUUUACAUUCUCAAGAGCCAGCUUAUGGAAAAGCUACAGUCACACAAAUGAGUCGCUUGUGGAUGUGCAACAAAAUCCUUAUUAAAAAUAAUGACAAUCUUUUAAUA